AUGCUGACGGUGAGUGUGGUGGACCACGGCCGCAGCUCUAGACCCUCGAUGCUCUUGAACAGCUACCUGUUUCUCACCCUUCUUCUCGAUAUCGCUCGAGCAAGAACGCUAUUCCUGUCGUCCGACCACAGUUUCGAGAUCACCUACAGCGGCAUAUUCUAUGCAUCGGUCGGGCUUAAGACCGCCAUCUUACUACUUGAGGCCUGUCGAAAAACGAGAUGGUUGAGCUGGGACGCAACGCAACACAGCCCCGAGGAGACGAGAGGGAUAUUCUCGCUGGGCGUCUUCUCCUGGCUGAACAAGCUCUUCUGGGCUGGUUAUAGACGUACCUUGGCCAUCGAAAGCCUCUACCCCCUCGACAGCACAUUCGACGCACAGGCCCUGCAUGAGAAACUUCAUCAAGAUGUUGGAUAUGGGCUAGUCGGCGCAGCCAUACUCAUCUAUUCGGGUAUUGCGGUCUCGUAUGCCUUAUACUGGUACUGCCACCACCGACUGCAGACGAUGGUCCGCUCCAUCCUAGUCACUGAGAUGUCUCCGCUUCGUGCACGAGACAUGGGCAACAUCCUCCUCCUGGACGAAGUGAGCUCCAGCGUAGACCGGGACACCGAGCGGCUGAUGCAGAAGGUCAUCCGGGUGGAGUUUCGGGCGUACACGGUCAUUGCGGUGAGCCAUCGGCUGGAGAUGAUUAUGGAUUUCGAUUGGGUGGUGGUCAUGGAUCGCGGGGAGGUGGUCGAGGUGGGGAAUCCCGUAGCCCUAAAGGAAAGGGGCGCUGCGACGAGGUCUGGGGAGUUGGUGGCUGCUGCUGGGGCGAGCUGGAACGGCUCCCCGGACCACCGCAACGCCUUCACGGAGCUGUGCAUCAUCGCGCGCACCUUCGCCCGCAAGUGGACGUUCAUGAAGGGCAUCCUGCGCAUGCUGCACGUCUCCGCCCAGAAGGACGGCGUCGCCCUGCCGCCCGAGACCCACGCCCUCUUCGUCGACUUCUCCGAUAGGGUGUGGGGCCGCGCCCAGCGCGAUCGGUUCCGCAGUCUGUACCCGAAUCCGAGCUCGUUGGCGGAGACCGGUGGGGAUCGCUCCAGGGAGGAGGCGGAGCUGAGUAGCUUUUUGGAGAAGUGGAAUACGCUGGAGAUUCGGGAUGGUGGGGAGGAGGGGGCUUAG